CGCCCCAGAUUCCCCGAAGACGCCGAAGAGAAGCAGGGCGGAGAACACCGACAAACGCCGCCGCUGCGUCAGCCUCGGGCGGACCCAACGGUGUAACGGCCUCCGCAGCGGCGCGCAGCUUUUGAAUGAGCCGGAAGAGGAAGUACAGCGACUUCCGGCAGUUGGGCUGUGAAGAGAAAGGAGCGUCGGGAAUGGCAACCAAGAGGCUUGCACGGCAGCUUGGAUUAAUUAGAAGAAAGUCAAUUGCACUGCCAAAUGGAAAUCUAGGAAGAAGCAAAUCUAAGCAGUUGUUUGACUACUUAAUUGUCAUUGAUUUUGAGUCGACUUGUUGGAAUGAUGGGAAACGCCACCGUAGCCAGGAAAUAAUUGAAUUUCCAGCUAUAUUGCUAAACACAUCAACUGGAGAGAUUGAAUCUGAGUUCCAUGCUUAUGUUCAUCCUCAGGAACAUCCAAUUCUUUCUGAAUUUUGCAUGGAACUAACAGGCAUAAAGCAGGCUCAAGUUGAUGAAGGAGUCCCUCUGAAGAUUUGCUUAACUCAGUUCUGUAAAUGGAUUCAGAAGAUUCAGCAACAGAAGAAAAUUACUUUUGCUACUAGGGUUUCAGAUAUUUCUACUUCUGAAGUAAAAUUAUGUGCAUUUGUUACUUGGUCAGACUGGGACUUGGGAGUUUGCCUGGAGUAUGAGUGUAAAAGAAAACAGUUGUUAAAACCUGUGUUCCUUAAUUCUUGGAUUGAUCUCAGAGUAACUUACAAGAUUUUCUACAGGAGAAAACCAAAAGGACUAAGUGGUGCCCUGCAGGAAGUGGGAAUAGAAUUCUUGGGACGAGAACAUUUCGGGUUGGAUGAUUCUAGGAAUACUGCCCUUCUUGCUUGGAAAAUGAUCAGGGAUGGUUGCUUAAUGAAAAUUACAAGGUCCUUGAACAAGGUUCCCACUAAGAGGAAUCCUAACAUUUUCACCAGAAAUUUGAAUAUGGAUCAAGUUGAAGAAAUAUCAGCCUGCAACAGUAGCAUUCAUGAUCCCAGCAUAUAUGACAUUUCUGUUGAUGCGAGGCUAUGAAGAUUCCAGCAGUCACUUUGCUAUUGCUCUGACCCAUUUACCUGGCCUUCAGUGAUAAGGGUAAAAGUGGUGAUGGUCCUUGCUCUAUAAUUGGCAGAAGACAGGGAAGAAUUCAUCACUUCAUGCUCACAAAUCCUGUUCCCCAAAGUUCACCCUUCCUUGAAAUGUUUUAGAAAAUCCUGCCCAGAAAUUUUGGACCUUUACCGGAGAAGACAGAGGCCGUUCCUCAUGUGUAGUCCCCUUCAAGUGUGUAUUGGAAUUCUAAAUGUUCUCUCCUGGGGCACUGCCAGCACUGCGAUUUACUGCCUUCCCUAGAGGCAGAACUCUAGAAUGUAACCAAUGCUGCUCUACCAUCUCUUCUUAGAAAAGUUUUUCAAAGGAAAGGAAUUCCAGGGAGAGGAGGUCUGGAGCUCCCUAACCAGAAGGGGCAGUGUGGUGUCACAGUUAAGAGUAUGGAUACUGGAACCAGAUUCCUUGGGAUUGAAUCUCAGCACUAGCAGCUACUAGCUAUGUGACCUUGGGUGAGUCUUUUAACAUCUCUGGGCAUCAUCUGUAAAACGGUUCUAAUAUUGCCAUGUCUCUCAUAGGUUCCUUCUGGAAAAUAAUAUUUAUAAAAUGCUUAGAACUAUUUGGCAUAAGAACUGCUUUUGAGAGAAAAAGACAAAUAAACUAACAUUUCUAACCCAUUUCCAUCUUUAUAUGGAAGUUAAGAUAUCAUAGAAGUAACAUAAUCAUCACCAAAACUAGGAAUGUAAGGGAGUAGAAGCGGGGUAGGUGGUAAACAGAUUGGGUUGUUAAAUAUUUUCCUGGGAAGGGAUGUACAAACCUUAACAUCAAAAGCAGGAGAAGGCUUCCCAUUGAGCCAGGCUUAAUUUUCAUUCCCUUAAAAUUUCCACAGAUUAAUACCUAGUUAAGAAGAAGAAAGAGUAAAGUAACAUGGCAAAUAACUUAAAUUUAUUCAUUCAUCCACCAUGCAUUCAUUCAACAAAUAUUUAUUCAGAACUUACUGUGAAUCAGGCUCAAAGUAAAACAAAUUCUAUGCUCUCAUGAAGUAUAGAGAUAGACACUAAACAAAUAUAAUAAAGUUAUAACACUAAGUAAAUUUAUAAUUGCUAAAAUAUCCAUAUUUAUGAAAACAUUUGUACUCAUAUUCGCAUGAUACUUGUUAUGCUAUUUCUAUUUAAUACGUCGAUUUUUGUUUUUAUUUUAUUUUUGGUAUUCUAAUUUUUGACCAGGUUUCUCAUGGUUCAUAAAUUGAAGCAUUAUAAAAAGACACACUGAAAAAUUUCUUUCAGCCUUUCCCUUAUCUGCUCCAUUUUACCCCUCCCUUUCCUACAUAAUAACCACUUUUGUUAUUAUGUCAUUCAUUUCCUCUAGAAUUUCUUCUUAUUUCUACGAGCUCUUUAGAUAAACCUUUUUAGAGUGUGCUUAUCAAGGAGUUUUCCAGCAAACUUAAUAUUUCAAGUAACAAGGAACUCAGCAUUUUCUAUUUUUAAAGUAGCCCUAAGAAAUUUCCUCAUUACAUAAGGGGAGAUCUUUUUGUAGAUCUAGUAUUUUUUAAUUAAAAAAAUUUUUAAUGCCCUGGUUCUGAUCAAUUAUAUAGUGGCUUUCCUCAAUGAAUGGCUAUUUAAACUGUAUCUGUUACAGAGCUUUUUUGCAACUAUCUUCCCUCAAGUUUUUUUUUUUUUUUAACUGUUCUUCUAAUCACGCCACUCCCUCCCUAUCCCUCAACCACAAAGAUAUAAUAAACACUUUGGUUUUUAUUCAUCUGACUGAAUUGAGUCCAGCCCUGUCUUUUCAGUGAAGUCUGUAUACCGUUUCAGUCUGUCCAUAUCCUUCGUGGAUAUCCAGACCUGUCCUGUUUCUCCAUUUUUCAGUCACUUCAGAGUUGACUGACUCCCCAGCACUUACACAGUGCUUUAAGCUCUUGAACUUAUAGUUUCUCAGAAGACAGAUAACGAGUUAAAUUUAGGAGGAAAAUGGAGAAUAAAAUGGAAAUUAGGGUUAUUUCUAGUGAAAUUUCAUACAAAGUGUUUUUGUUUUUCCCCCAACUCCCUUCUCCAAUACAAAAUAAACAAAACAUUCUACCAUAAAUUGACUCCCGAAACACCAGUUUUUAUUUUUUUUCUUUUUCUCCCUUUUAUUUGGGGCGGGGGCGUGAUUUGUUGCAGAGAAAAGCCAUGCCAUCCCUAGGGAAGGUACCACAUAAUAUGUUAAAUCAGUGAUGAAAGGUUUACCAAUUGUCUGGUUAAAUUGUGAAGUAUUUAUACAAUAGAACACUCUACAGUUGUUAAGAAAAAAGAAGAAGCUCCUGGACUGUACUGUUCAAUAGCACUUUUUGUUAUGAUAGAAAUUUCUAUGCUGAGCUGUCCACUAUUGUAUCCUCUAGCCCUGUGUGGCUGUUGAGCACUUGAAGCAUGACUAGUGCAACUGAGGCCCUGAGUUUUUUUCAUUGAGAUAUAAUUGACUUAUAAUGUUGUAUUAGUUUUAGGUUUACAACGUUAAUGAUUUGAUGUUUGUAUAUAGUGAACUGAUCAGCACAAGUCUAGUUAACAUCUCUUACCCUACGUAUUUACAAGACUGUUUUUUCUUGUGAUGAGAACUUUUAAUAUCUACUCCCUUAGCAACUUCAAAUAUGCAACACAGUGAGUCCCCUGCAUACGAACCUUCAAACUGCAAACUUUCAAAGAUGUGAAUGUGUGUUUGCAUGUCCAGUCACAUAAGUUAGCUCAUGUGUCUGGCAUACAUUGUCACGUGCGCUCAUCCUCUACAAGUGGUUGUGCUUUUGUGUACUUUACUGUGCAGUACUGUAUAGAGGACAGUAGUACAGUAUCUUUAUUUCAAGCUCAGGGUGUCUGGAAGCAAGCGUAAAAGCAGUGGUGAUGUAGCUGGUACUACUGUACUUUUCAAGGUACUGUACUGUAAGAUUUAAAAUGUUUUCUGUAUUUUUUGUGUUUGUUUUUUAUAUAUUAUUUGUGUGAAAAGUAUUAUAAACAUAUUACAGUACAGUGCUAUAUAGCCAAUUGUGUUAGUUGGGUACCUAGGCUAACUUCAUUGGACUUAGAAACAAAUUGGACUUACGAAUGUGCUCUUGGAACGGAAUUCAUUCGUGUAUGUGGGGGACUUACUGUACAGUAUUAUUAGCUAUAGUCUGGAACUGAAUUUUUAAUUUAAUUAAAAUUUAAAUACCUACAUGUGGCUAGUGGUUACCAAAUUGGACAGCACAGUUCCAGGAUGUAUUGUAGGUGAAGAAAGGAAGGUCAGAAUUGUGUGCAUAUCAUGUUCCCAUUAUAAAAGAGAGGGGGAGAACAUAUGCAUAUUGGCUUGUGCAUGCAUAGAUCUCAGGGAGAGGGAGAACUGAGACUGAGGACAAGGUAUGGAGGAAGACUUUCACUAAUAUAUUCUUAUAUACCUAUUGAAUUUUAUGUCAUGUGAAUUGUUUCCUGUUCAAAAAUCAAAUAAAGUCAAUUAAAAGUAGUGAUCCAUCCACACUUUCAAAUGGAAUCAGUAAUAAAGGACAUUCAUCUUUCCUGUUUGCUGGAAUAGGGUUUUAAAUAGGGGUGACAUAUAUUUUCUCAGCUCAGGUAGCAGUCAUCAUACAAAGGAUAAACACCUUCUUAUCCAUAACCACUGGGCUGAACCCUCCCUUUCCUCUCCUUGCUUGAGGGAAACCACCCUGGAUAUAGUAAUUAUCAUUUACAGAAUGUAAGCAAGAAGGAAGGGGAGAAGAGAUUGCUAAACCCCAUACCUACUGGCCUGGAGCUAUGUUUUUAGGCAGAGAGAUCUUUUAUUUUAUAAAAUAAAAAUAUUUUAUAAUAUUUCUUAUAAUAUUUCUUCUUCUUCCUCUCCCCUCCUCCCACUAAGUGCCCAUUCACCAACCUUUCUUAUCUGGUCUUAUCAUUCUGCACAAGUAUUCUAUCUGCAAUUGGUGCUGAACAGAAGACUGUGAUGGGAAACUUGCAAAGUGUCUGCAAUUUAGAAGAAGUGGUCUUACCACAAUUUUUAGUAAGUGCCUAAAUGUCUGUGGUAGAUACAGCACAACUUAAAACAUUGUUUAUUCUAACAUAAACUCGCUCACACCUUUGCUUUGUAUAUCCUUUCAGGCUUAUUGAUUUUACAGACAUGAAAUACUUUAAAUCAUGUUGUCUACUCUGAUUUCCGCAAGUUACUUUAUUCACCAGUCCUGUCAGUGACAGUACUAAUGCAUUUCUAAAUGUUGGCCUCUUUUGCUCUGCCUUACUUGUAAGAUGGAAGUUGGCUCAAACCGUGGCAAAUAAUGUGCAAGUACACAUGCUCCCUGGAUCCGUGGAGAAUAAACACUACUCCAUGCAGAUUUUGCCCAGCCUGUGUCUGAGGUAUUCCACAUGACUUCCGAAGGGGUCAAAUCCAGCCAGAACCUGGGUAAACAAAGAAUAGACUUCAUAUAUAUAUAUGAAAACUAAUUUAAAAUACCAAUAAAGGAAUCAUCACCUUUGUAGCACUGGCACUUCAAGCUACAGUUCUGUGAUAGUACCUUCCGUUUAUAGAUAAUCCUAAACCAAAACUGCUGUGGGUGUGUCCGGUCAUUUUAGGAGAUCCGCUUGUUCCGCUGAUGAAGAAAAUGGCCAUCGUCUCAUUGUGUUUUGUCUUCACACAGGUGUUGUUGUCACUGGCAUGUCCAUGAAGAAAGAAUUACAAUGAUUCUGCACAUUAAACACAGCAUCAUA